GGGAUCACUUACUUAUUAGUUAUCUCCAAAAUGUGAGUCGAUAAAUAUUAAAAUAAACGAUAACCCUGGCGAAAACCCAAUUGUAAGCUUAGACAAAAUGAGGGCAGUUUCCACGUUGCUGCUGUCCUGCUUCCUGGUGUCCGUGUCAACGGAUAACGGGGCUCCUAACUUCGGCUCAUUCUUCGGCAAGGGCCUGCAGACUGUGGGAUCUAACACUUUUGGAGCGGCGAAGUCCAUCGGCGGCGGGCUGCAAACCGUCGGCCAACCCCUCGGCUCCGCGGCCGAGAAAAUAGGAUCUGUGUCUGUCGGCACAGCAAAGGCCGUCGGAAAACCCAUCGGCUCAGCGGCUGGCGCUGUGGGCUCUGCGGGCAAGGGCGCGGCGGGGGCGGUCGGCCACGAGCUACAGAAGGACAUCCAGACCGUCAAACAGCCCAUCGACACCACCAUCACUUACAUCGGCUCCUCCCAGUGUCAGAAUGUGCAGAAAAUAUUCGGAGUAUCGUACGAGCAAAUGCAGGGCGACAGUGAACCCAAUCUGAACGAUCUCGAACUGCAUUACAAGACGCGGGACUUCAACACUAUAAUGAACAUAACGCAGGCGCCGGCGUCGCUGAGGCAAGCGCGCCAGUUCGACCGGGACGAAAGCGUGGUGCUGUACUUUCACGGCUUCACCGACGACCCCAGCCAGAUCAGCUUCAGCACCCUUAGCCAGGCCUACCUCGACCAGGAUCGCAUGAGCGUGCUAGCGCUGGACGCCAGCUCGCUGAUCCGCUGGCUGUACAUCCGCGCGGCGACCUACGUGCGCAACAUCGGAGAGAAGAUGGGCGCUGUGCUGGCGGCCAUGGUUCAGCAUGGUCAAGACCCAGACCGGAUACACAUAGUGGGACACAGCCUCGGAUCGCACAUUGGCGGCUUCACCUGCAAGGAGUUCACUCGGCUGACGGGGAAGAAGAUCGGCCGCAUGACUGCGCUGGACCCGGCCGGGCCUUGCUUCAGCCACGUGGACCCAGAGCUCCGGCUCAAGCGCACGGACGCCAACUAUGUGGACGUUAUACACACCGACGCUGGAGUCUACGGCCUGAAAGAUGCUAUCGGUCACAAGGACUACUACCCCAACAGCGGGUCGGAGCAGCCCAACUGUAUCCUGCAGACGUGUUCCCACUCCCGCGCGUGGGAGCUGUACAGCGAGUCCGUGCUCAACCCGGACGCGUUCCCCGCCGUGCGCUGCAAGGACUGGCCAGCGUUUAGGAAGGGGGAUUGCGAGUGGGACAAGAUCAGUUAUAUGGGCGCCGCAUCCAAACCCGGCGACGAUGGCCAUUACUUCCUCCAGACCGGCAUCAACUACCCCUUCGGGCGGGGGCUCAACGGAACUAAGUUCAGAAACAUGGACGGCAUUCUGAAGAAUGUUGUCAACCUUGCCGGAUAAACUGUUAACAGUCUCGAAUUGAAUUGUGCCAUUGAAAGUUUGUGACAUACAGGGCGUAACCAGAACUCUAGUAAAAACGAAGACAGGUUAUAGUAUAGAUUACAGAUAAGGUACCACAAAAAACAACGCAAACGAAUACUUUUCUUAGUAUUCCUGUACUUUUUAAAAGUUCACAAUAUGUUGCAAAUAAAACAUCUGACUGACGCAAGAGAUCAAC